UGUUACUGUGUCGAAACUACUGAUCUGAAUCGACACGGGCUGGUUGGUUGUUGUCGUUGGAGACAAACAUGGCAUCCCAGAGCAGCCUCACCACUUUGUUUCCUCUCCAAAGCGAGCUGGAUUACGCCCUAGAUGAGGCUACGACACAACAAGAGAAAGAACAACAUAUCAACGAGUAUUUGAAGAAACUAGACGAAGCAGAGGAUCUGAAGAUACCCGAUUUCCAGACAGGCUUGGAAUGGCUGAACACGGAGGGGCCUCUGUCUUUGAACAAGGAGCUGGCUGGGAAAGUGGUGGUGCUGGACUUCUUUACUUACUGCUGCAUCAACUGCAUACACAUCCUGCCUGACCUGCACCAGCUAGAGGAGAAGCACUCUGCCAAAGAUGGAUUGGUUGUUGUUGGUGUGCACUCAGCUAAAUUCCCCAAUGAAAAGGUCCUGGACAACGUCCGCAGCGCCGUGCUGCGCUACGACAUCUGCCACCCAGUGGUGAACGACAGCGAGGCACAACUCUGGCACGAACUGGAGGUGUCCUGCUGGCCCACGCUGGUCUUGUUGGGCCCACGCGGCAACCUGCUCUUCUCCCUAGUGGGCGAAGGCCAGAGGGACCGGCUGAUGCUUUUUACCGACAGCGCCCUCCGUCACUACGGGGAGCAGGGUCUGCUGAAGACACACACGGUGGGGAUCAAGCUGUACCGAGACUCGCUGCCACCAAGCGUCCUGUCUUUUCCUGGCAAGGUGGCCGUGGACAGCAGCAAGAAGAGACUGGCCAUAGCAGACACUGGGCAUCACCGAGUUCUGGUUGUGUCCUCCACCGGACAGCUGUUACAUGUCAUAGGAGGACCUAAAAGUGGGAGACAGGAUGGCGACUUGUCCGAAGCGUCCUUUAACUCCCCUCAGGGCGUGGCCAUUAAAGGGGACGCCGUAUACGUGGCCGACUCAGAAAACCACCUGAUCCGAAAGAUUGACCUGUCGGAGGGACGAGUCAGCACUCUCGCUGGAGUCGGAGCUCAAGGCACGGACAAAGAGGGCGGCCUCAUGGGACCUCAGCAGCCCAUCAGCUCUCCUUGGGAUGUGACCCUUGGCACGGCCGGCGGCGCUGACGAUAACGUGCUGUGGAUCGCCAUGGCAGGGACCCACCAGAUCUGGGCUUUGUUCCUAGCGGAUGGGAAGCUGCCCAAAGGAAGUGAGUCCAAGGCGGGGACGUGCGUGCGAUGGGCGGGCAGCGGCAGCGAGGAGAACCGAAACAACUCCUACCCCCACAGGGCUGGCUUUGCUCAACCUUCAGGCCUGGCUUCAGCCCCAGAGGAGCCCUGGGGCUGCCUGUACGUGGCCGAUAGCGAAAGCAGCACCGUCCGCACGCUGGCACUGAAGGACGGGGCCGUCAAGCUGCUGGUCGGCGGAGAGAGGGACCCCCUGAACCUUUUUGCUUUCGGGGAUGUAGACGGCAAAGGAGUGGACGCCAAGCUGCAGCAUCCUCUCGGCGUUGCCUGGGCUCCCGAACAAAGCCUGCUCUAUGUGGCCGACUCCUACAACCACAAGAUCAAGGUGGUGGAUCCAAAGGCAAAGCAGUGUAGCACAUUAGCAGGGACCGGUGAAGCUGGAGAUACACUGGGCCCUGAAUUCAACAAAUCCUGCUUCAAUGAACCGGGAGGAAUCUGUGUCGGCGACGGCGGCAAGCUUCUCUACGUGGCCGAUACCAACAACCACCAAGUCAAAGUGCUGGACCUGUCCUCCAAGACUGUUUCACUGUUCCCCAUCUCCAUGGACUGCACAGACUCAGUAUUGCCAAAGCCUUCGGGUCCUGCCAAAGCCCCCACGCUGCCUAAAUCAGCUGCCAGGAAGGAAAUGCCACCGGUGGCGGUGUCGGCAGGCCAGACCCUCGUCAUGACGCUCACCCUGUCGCUUCCAGAAGGAACCAAACUCACCGAAGAGGCCCCAAGCUGCUGGGCUCUCUCAGCUGAGGGUAACGAAUGGCUGCUAGGAAGUCAGGUGGUUACCGGUGACAUCGUGGAUCUGUCGAAGCCUCUCUCCAUCUCAACCAAACUUCCAGCUGUUAUAAAGGACUUAAACGGCAAUCCAAGCUUCACUCUGGGUGUGUGGGUGUACUACUGUAUGGAAGCAGGUAAAGCUUGUAUGAUGAAAGCAGCCUCCCUCACACAGCCUCUUCAAAUAAGUGCCGAUCACGGAGAGGAAGAAAUCACUGUGGCGCUGGCUCACGCCUUCUAAAACCUCUUAACCUGUCUUAGUCACAAAAAGUUAGAGAAUCAACACUUUUACUUUUUUCACCUCAACCCCAGCUCCUGUUUUAUUCAUAGUUCUGGAAGAAGAAAGACUCACGACCGUCACUUUUGACAAAAAUGCAAUUCAUACAAAUCUGAUUUUCAGCGGAAUUUCAUUUCAAACUACCCAGAGAAGCCCCUUCUACCAAACAAAAAAGCAUAAGUGCUGUAAUACCCUUGACUGUGAGUGACAGCUAUUGAUAGGAAUGCAAACAAUUACAUCCCCAGGCGUGUUAUUAUAACACACAACUGCAGCCUCAAAAUGUAUAUCUACAUAAUGGUAUAUUUAUACAACAAAUAGACUGUACUGACGAACUUUAAGAGAACUGUCAGCAUUCGUGACGGGGGGUCAUGUUUCCACUCAAAACUAACCUUCUUAUUUAUCAAACACUGUCACGGCUGCAUAAAUGAAUGCGGAAAAUAAAAGAUAUUCUAUGGAUUUAAUGAGAAACUUAUUAUUAUGAUUAUUUAAUUGGCAGGUGGUGAUGACGGUGUCAGCGGCAGCUAGACAAAUAAACUGAUUUUCUAUCAUUUAAUGAUGUUGUGCGGAGGGUUAAAAAUACUCUCACAUGUAGAAAACAAAGUAUCUGAUAAGCUUCACGUUUUUGCCCGAACACACCAGACGGAUGUGAAUUUUAUAGACUGGUCUGUUUAUAUUUAGAUGUUGUGGACGAAAUCAUUUUUUCCGCACAACUACCAAGAACAAAUUAAAAUAUUAAUAGAGCUUAUUCUUUUAGUCCCAUGAGUAAUUACAUGGUAGUAUUUCUUUUGGAAGGGAUAUUUAAUGGAACUGAUUCAGACUCGGAAAAAAAAGAAGUUUUGUUCUGUCUUUUCUCGCACAAGAAUUGCUUUUGAAUGCUAAUAUCGAGUUAUAAAGAGGAAUAAAAGGCCAAAGGUUAUCUAUGCAGAGUCUCAGCAUUAGCACAUUAGAAACUUCAGAGUAUUAAAUCACAUUUUCACUGUUUGAAUAAUAUAUUUCCAUGUAUAUGUGUGGUGCCUUCAGGGUGCACGAAUCAAGCUUUAAUAAACAUUUGUUUACACAUGUUGCCACCACAGACCGAGCAGUCUUGAGUUCAUAGCUUACGGCUUUGCUCUUUGUAUCCGCUCCCUGUAUGACUGAUUUAUAAUUUUGAUUAUUAUUAUUUUGAUUCACGACACAAAGAGCCCUUUUGAUUAAGAACAUAAAACAUUACUGUUAUCUAUUCUAAGUUAUGAAUAAAGUGCCUGUUUUUUGAUAAGGGGAAGGCAACCAGUGACUGCUGUGUGCUCUGAGGGAUAUUGGAUUAAGUCUCAAAUUAAAAUCUCUCUAACAAGCAUUUACACGCUGCUUCUCUACUCCACAAAGGGAACAAAGUAUGAAAGACAUGUUUUAAUAAUAAUGUGUUUUGAAAUAAAGUGAUAAUGUAUUAUUGUCAUUUUCCAUUAUUGGUUUUUAUGAGCUGUUGUUAGAAAUGGGUCUGAGAGUGAUUUGGUUUGGAUCACUCAGCCCAAGUGCCUUGUAGAAACGGUGUUAUUUUACGAACGGUGUGCAUGCGGUGACACUUUGGCUGCAUCAAAAGCAAUAACAAUAUAUUUCUGUAAUGGGAGAAAUUUUUUAUUCCCACAAGUUAUUUAUUUCAAAUGAACUUAGCACAGCUUUGUUAUCCCUCUGGCGUUUUUUUAAUGAGCAGCAAUGAGCUUGAGUGGCUGCUGGUGGGAAUUACGUUCCUUGAUACUGUUUUCUCACUUGAUGUCUUCUUCUCUCUCAAUGCUGCACUUUAAGAUGCUACAGAGAGAAAUAAUAAAACAUUGUCAUCUUGUCU